CUCCGUGUGACUGAGCUGCAACAUUCCUCAGGUGCUUCACACACGCACUGAUGCAGCUCUGUGUGUCUGUGCCUCUGUAUGACGGUUCGAGUGUGAACAAACAUGUGAACAAACAUGUGAACAAACAUGUGUCCUUCUCUGUCUGACACACGGAGACACACCGCUGAUGCCUGAAGUGUUGUUUCUCUCAGCUGUGACUCGGUGAUGGCUGACAUCAGAAGAGGGUGCAGUUAUUUCUUUCUCUAUGACGGAUCCAAGGUGAAAGGAGAGGGCGACCCCACACGAGACGGAAUCUGCUUCUUCUACCCUGAAGAGACGCCCGUGGAUAAGCAGGAGCUGCUGUGUGGACAGCUGGCCGGCGUGUGCCGCUGUGUCUCCGAGCUCUCCUCCUCUCCCGUGCGCGUACUGAGGCUGCACCGCAACAAGUACGCCGUCCGCAUGAAGGACGACUUCUUGUGGGCUCUUGGCUGCUCAGUGGAAGUGCCCACCAUCAGUGUCUGUGAGCUCCUGGAUCAGCUCAUAAAUCUCUUUUGUUUCUACAAUGGCUGUGUGCGACAGAGCUACCAGCUCCACAGUCGGGAGACUCUGGCGGCUCGAUGGGCUCAGUACCUCUCAUACCUGCAGCCUGGAUCCUCCGAACUCCACCACGUCUUCAGCUGUUUACGGACCAUCGACUCGACUAAUGUUGACCCACUUCUGCUGCUCAAAGCUGCCCUCAUUCUUCAGGGCUGUCAGCGCUGCCCUCUAGUGUUGGCAGGCUGUAUUCUUUUCAGAGGAAGAGUUGUGAGCACACAGAUGUCACCGGAGCUCACCGUGAAGGUCAUGGUUCACGAGAGUGAGACGUACACGAGACCUCAGAGGCCCAGCAGACCCAGCAGCUCCACGUCCAGUGCGGCCGUCGGCUCCACUCCGGUGUUCCUGACCGCGUCUGAGCUGCAUUACCUGCAGUCUGCUCCUGUCAACAAAGACGUCAGGUCCCACUCGACUCCACAAAGAGACGCUCACCCCGGAAAGACUCGCCUGUCGAGAACUUUGUCUGAAAUUGCCUCCACUGAGUCGGAUUCAUCCGAUCCAGGUCCGUCUCAGUCUCCCGACAAAGUGUCCCUCAACCUCUCCAGGUCAGAGUCCGAUAACUCAGCCAACCCCCUUGACCCCCUGCCACAGUCCCCCGAGCCGUCUUUCUCAAACGGACAACACUGUCCCGAAGCUGAGGAGGAGACGUUUGAAGAGUCGUACUAUCAGAGCUUCCACAGCAGCAGAGACGGGGACGUGCAGGAACAUGACGAGGACAACUCUCUCCUCAGCGGAGGAGGAGAAGAACGACGACGUGGAGACGCAGCUUGUGGGACGGAGUUUGACCUCCGGGCGCUUGAGUCCGAGUCGUGUGGCGAUGAGCUGUUGGAGGGAGAGAGAGGAGUCGGCUGUGGGAGUGCACAAGGUCACGCGGCAGAGCAGCGGAAUCCUCCUCCUCCAGAGGAGAGUCCACUGAUCCCCAUGACACUGUACCUGCACCGGGUCAAAGGCUUAGUGCUCGCCCUGCUGGUGGAUCCUCACUUCUUAAACGACAAAGCUUCUACGGAGGAAGUGUAUCACAGCAGCCUGGCUUCACUCAAUGGACUGGAGGCCCAUCUCAGGAGCAUCACUCCAGGGGCCCCGUGUGCUCCAGGACCCUACAUCUUUGCCCACUUUGACUGCAUUCAGAGCACACUGACAACCAACCUGUCUGGUCGACCAGGGGGAGCCCCGGAGCAUCCUUUUGUCAGAGCCACAUCACUUCUUCACUCGCAUUUCUGUAACACUAAAACUCUGCAGGAGGCUAUUAUAAGGAGUGCCGGCGCCGCCGUGUACGGAACCCGCAGCGUGGCCCAGGAGACGUACUUCCAGCAGCACGGAGGGUCGCUGAGGAACUCUGGCAUCCCCAAUCACCAGGACAGCGCGUUCUCGCUGCCCAGCAAGGCCCGACACAGACUGCUGAAACACGGGGUAAACCUGCUCUGACACCACAGCUCAAGUGGGUUUGUUUUUUUUUUUUAAAUGAAGAGCUGAACAUGGGGGGGUGGGGGUCGAUAUGAGAAGAGAAACACGAUCAUGAUCUCCACCUGUCUUUGGAACGGCUGUUUUUAAUCUUGUCUGGGUCAUCUUUGCUCGCAAUGUGUUAGAAAAGAAACGCAUCAUUUAACAUUAUUUAACGUGAUUAUUAAAGCUCCAGCGUGUAACUUU